AUGGAAAAAGAUGCCACUGAGUUGAAUGAAGACAUGGAAGAAAUAGAACAUCUGGGGCCUCUAGAGCCAGAGGAUGAUGGUACAUUCCUUCAAGUCACCAACCUUCUGAACAUCAUGGACAGUGAGUCAACAAAGACAGACACCACAGGGCCAGGCCUGGACAUGCGGAAGACCUUGGCUUCGGUAAUAAUCACAGAGAAGGCUACCACUGAUCCCUGUGUGGUAAUGAAUGCUCUCAUCCGCUGCCUGCAGGAGCCAGAGAUUUCUACCCAGCGCAAGAUGAACAUCUACAACAUCCUGCAGGAGAUCAUCCAGCAGGAAGGGGAGAUGGAGGAGCACUGCAUACAAAAGCUGGUAGCCAUCGCCUCCAAGCAGAUGAGGGAUAUCACAGAGAUGGAGGGCUUCGAGACAGCUGAGGUGGCCAGUGAGACACUGGUAGCUUUAUCCCGAAACCACUUCAGUUUGGUCAUGUAUGAACUGCAGCAUCAUCUCAAGCCCCUCAACCUCACUGAUGAAUUUGUCAUUGUCACCUUGGCCAAGCUGGCCAAUGGCAAUGUGUUUGAGUUCAUGCCAUACAUGGGCAUCACCCUGGCUACCAUAUUCACAAUGCUGAGACUUGCCAAUGAAGCCAAGAUGCGCCAGGUGAUCUGUAGUGCCAUGGAGACGUUCUGUGAGACAGUGCAGUUUUACCUGAGGCACCUGGAGGACAGCCUGUACCCCGUGAUGACCGAGGACCAGUUUGCUGUGAAGCUCUUCCCGAUGUACCGAUACUUCGUGACAGUGUGGCUGCGCCACCAGGACCUCGAGGUGAAACUGGGGGUCAUCAAGUCUCUCAGGCCCAUGCUGAGCCUUCUCCUGCCCAAUGACGACCUGAGGGAACAGGUCUACGACUACAUCCCCCUGCUGCUGGCCGAGUUCCAGGGGGGCCUGGAGGCCCUUUUCGUCACACAGGUCUUGAGGCAGAUUCUGGAAGCAUCCGUUGUCACCAACACCCCCAUUCCCCCAAUGCUACUACACCCCAUUUUUACAGAGCUGCACGUCCAGGUGUGCACCAAGGCCCCAGCCCAGCACCAGUUCAGCAGUCAGAACCUGAUGGAGAUUGUGCACUGCUUCAUAGCCCUGGCCCGCUCCUACCCCAAGGAACUGAUGAAGUUCUUCUUCAGCCAGGUGGAGAUGAGCAAGGAGGCUAUCCGUGUGGGGACUCUGGCCCUGAUCAGGGCAGUGGUGAGCGCAGACGAUCCAAAAAUGAAUAUCAAGACCAUCUAUCUGGCCAUCCGGGUUGUCAAGAACACUCUGUCUGACACUCGGUCCAAGGUACGGAUGGCAAUUCUACGAAUCAUUGGGCAGCUGGUUCUGUCAGGCUUCCAGGAAAAGAUCAAAGGCUGGGGUCUGAAAUAUGUGUCUGUCCAGCUCACCUUGUCUACCUAUAAGCUGACAAAUCGCCGGGAAUGCUUUUAUCAGAGGGAUCUGGAAGAGAAGAUGGUCCACAAAGUGACAAUGGAUACCGUGAAGAUCAUAACUUCUUCUAUCAGUGGCAUGACCAACGAAUUCUGGGUGAGGCUCCUGUGCUACAUCAUGGAGACAGACUACACAGAAGCACUGACCCCCAUCUGUAUCAGCCUCACGAACCUGGCAGAGAACCAAAUCCACGGCAAAGACACUGAGGCUGGAAUAGCUGGGAAGAGCAAGCAUGUGGACCUGCCUGCACCCCAGAAGCUGCUGGCCCGUCUCCUGGUGCUGAUGUCAUCACCUUACAAAGGAGAAGGUCGUGGGAUUGCCAUGCUCAACCUCCUGAGGACCCUAAGCCAAAGCAUUGCUCCUUCCAUGGCUGACAUGUGGGAGCAGGAGAUCCCACUGCUGGUCCAGUACUUGGAAGAGCACACUGAGUUUACCUGGAACCAGAAGGCCUGGGAGGAUAAGCUGAUUCAGUUUCUGAGAAACUCCCUCAAGAAGACCCGGGGCACCAGCUGGAGCCUGCGCCUCAGCAAAGAGCUGAACAACCAGAUCGAGACUUUCGACAGCCCCUCUUUGGAAAAGGGCUUUCUGUACAGGGCCCUGGGUUUCACCUUAGGCAUGGGCCUGGAGGCUGACAGGGUGGAGGUCCUGUUGCUAGAGCUGCUGUACAAGACGGACUAUAGCAACGACUUUGACCGCGAGGGCGUCAUCCUGUGCUUUGGCCUGUGUGCCCGGGGCCAGGUGAAGACGGUGCUGAGUGUGCUCCAUGACUUUGAGGAGAGGAUCCAGGAGUCGGAGCAGUCCUGGCAGAUCGGUGCUUGGAGGAAGGACCACCCCUGGAGGCGAGAGACUGUGAAGAGUGCCUUAAUGGUGAUGUACAGCUGCGUGUCUUCUUACUGCCACCCCCAGAUGCUCCUCACCCAUGUGGACAGCCCCAUCACCGCUAAGAUCAUCCACCAUUACUCCAGCAGCUGCCAGGACACCAGCCUCAAAAUGGCCUUCAUGAAGAGUGUUGUGGAGGUUGCCAAUGCCAUCAAAAGCAUCAAAGAUCUGGAGCACUUCCAUUUUGUCCACAAGUCUGCUCUUACUGGCCUCAUAGUUGCGAUCAUCAAAGCAGAACCACCUGACCACUUGGUUUCUCCAGUGAGGUCCAUGGCGAUGGAUGCUCUCUCACAGCUGAGCACACUGAAGCCUUUCUACUCUUCAGAGGAAAGCAUCGAGCUGAUGGAUAUCAGCAUACACACUGUUAUUUCUCUCCAACCCCCAGGGGAAGACAAUGAGUCUGUUAAGACCCUCUAUGGAAAUGCCCUGAGUUCCCUGAAGCAGCUGAUGGAGAGCCUCCUGCAGAGGCAGCUGGACCCCAAGGGGUUGCAGGAGACUGUGCAUCUCCUGGAGAAGUGGAUCCUGUCAGAGAAAGAGUGGGAACGAGAGAAAGCCAUGACCCUUCAUCUCCAUCUCAUGCAUAUCUACGUUCAAAGUAUUGGUGUCUGUAUCCCCCUGAAGCUGGGACAGUUUGGCAUACUGGUUGGACUCAUUGCUCCAUGCACCUGUGAUGUCCACAGAAAAACUCGCUUGGCCUCGACUAAUGUCCUGUCCAGCCUGCUAGAUCUUCAUGUAAGCCAGACAUGCUCGCUAUGGGGAGCUUCCAAGGAGCAGGAACUGGAGAAAUGUAAGGAGGACCUCCAGGACACAGACAUGGACAAAAUUUCCAGUGCUUCCUCCAGAAUCGCCAAGGUGGUCUGCCCGGAGUUUAACUGCGAUGAGGUUGUCUCCCUAAUCCAGAAGCUCUGUGAGAACAUCGGGGCCAUGGACCUGCAGCAUGACAGGGCAGCUGUCACCUGGAUCGGCAUCUUUCUCCAGAUGCGAGUCAAGGAGCUGGAGGACAAGGUGGCUGAGAUACUGGGUGCCAUCCUGGUCCACUUGCCAGUGGUGGACCACCCAGAGGUGAGGCGACACCUCAUCGAGGGCAUCCUCCUGCUGGCGCACUACCACCAGGAGACGGUCCUCACAUCGCUCUUGAGGCAGCCAUUGCCCAUGGAGAGCCACCUGACAGAGGUGUGGCUGGCUGUGGCUGAGAAUGUGCCCUUUGCACGGACCAUGCUCCAUGGCUUGCUGGGCCGGCUGCAGUCAAGGUUCACUGCCAGGAUAAACGCCACCUCCAAGGCUGACAUCUGGCGCCUGGCAGCCGUGGACCCACUGAUGGUGAGUGGCAGAGGCAGGUGCUGGACUCCCCGGGGGAGUCAGGGUGGAAUCCACCAGCCCUUCUCCCUGCAGACGCUGUGCACCAUCCAACUCCUCAUGGAAAAGAUGGACCAGGAUGACAAAUUCCCAGACCUGUUCCCUGACCUGCUGUACACCUUCCUGCUGCAGCUUGGCAGCAGCCAUGGGCCAGAGGCCGCCUCUCCUGUCUUGAAAACCUGGAGGCUGGUCCACACCGGGCCACUUCCCCAGGAGAUGACCUUGCAGAGGGUCACAAUCAAGUCCAUGCAGCUUUUGAUCAAGAGGAUCAACAGAGAGCCCUUGGAGCAGGCCCUGGAGGAACAGUCUGUGUGGUCCCUGCUGGAUAACGGAGGCACCUUUCUCGAGGGAGUGAGCCUGAUGGCCAGGCUGUGCAUGCAGUACAUGGAGAGCUACAUGCAGAGGCUGGCAGAGCUGGUGCUCACCGGCAUGGGCUCUGAGGUCCUGAGCUGCUGCGUCAGCAGCACAGCCAUCUGUGUGGAAUUCAUGAGUGACCCAGUUCUGCACCAGGAGAAGCUGCUGAGGCCCGUGGUGCUGAUGCUAGAGAAGGGCGCAGGACAGGACAAGGAUGAGACCCUGCAGGUGCUCUCCCUGCGUGCCUUGGGCAACAUGGCUCUCGGUGCUCCCCGGAAGGUGAAGCAAUAUCGCAAACUCCUGCUGGAGAAGUGCCUGGACUCCCUGCGGGGACAGGUGAACAGCAGCGUGGUGGCCGAAGGCAUGGAAGCCCUGACCAAGGUCCUGGCUGAGCUCCGCGAGGGCGACAUAGGAUCUUUUUUUGAAGCCAUAUCUGAGCAGUGCAGGGCUUUCUUCGACAAUGAGAGUGAGCUAUUGCGUUUGAAGGCCUUCAUCCUCUUCGGGAAGCUCGCAAAGGUGGUUGGGAUUUCCAAGAAGCAUUUCUUCAAAGGGGAGGUGAAGAGAAGCUGGGUCUCCCUUCUGCUGCACUGCCAGGACCCCUGUUCCAGCGUAGCCCAGGCAUGCGUGGCUACCAUGUUUCAGUGUGUGUAUUUCUGGGGCUGGAAGUCCCUGGAGAUUUCCUUUGGUCACAGCAAUGACAGCAUUAAUGACCAGAUGAUAGUGCUUCAGACAAACAUGUGCUCCAUCCUGGCCCAGAAAAAGCCUGCUGUUCUCUGCGGCUUCCUGUUGGAAACAACGAUGUUCAUGAAAAGUAGCUUGUCAAAGAUCAGAAUCGCUGCCUGCGGCUUGGCAGGGGUCAUCAUGAAGCAGCUAUCCGCCCAUUAUCUGAAGAAGAUGGACCUUGUGGGACUGCAGAAUUCUCUCCAGGACCUACAGCUAGACUCGGAUGCUGCAGUCAGGAGGGCGGCCCUGGAGACCCUCAAAGUCCUGGACAGCUGCAAUCAGCAUUGGCUCUUGGCUUCCCCCAGAGGACUUCCCUAAGUGGCCCCGAUGUGAGAUGUCAACGGCUUCAACUGUGUCACACCCGCCCAUGGCAAGGCAGAUCAUUUUUCAUUUGUAGAAAAACUUUUAAAAGAAUGAGUAUCCAUCCCUCCUCUCCCACUGAAAUAUAACUCCAUUGCUCU